CAGCUCAGAGCAGUCGCGCGGCAUUUCGGGUCGAGUGAGGUUGCUUGAAUGUAUAGUGUGUGAAUCUGACAGUAUGCUUGCACAGUGUUUCCUCGUGACUGUGGUAGUGGUUGUGUCAUCCAUCGGUGCAUAUGGCGACGACGUCGGCAUUUAGAGUGGCGACAUGGUUGUGGCCAUCUUACAAUGGGUGGCACUAUAACAACGGAUGCUGCCCGCAAUUCUUUAGUCUUUCUGCUUCUGUUGCUUUUGUUUGGGAUGUUGAUUCAUGCGACCAAUAUGGCGACGGCGGCAUCUAUAACAGCAUCGUCGCCGUCUGCAGGCGUCUCCAUCUGCAUGCGAGAAGGAUGUAAUUGCACCAGCACACCCCCACACUGGCUAAUAGUCACAUGUUCCUUCAACAGCAAACAGACAGUGGACCUGGACGCCGGCUCCAUUCCGCCCCAGAUGCUGGAACUGAACGUGACUCAGUGUCCAGGUGAGCUACGUCUACUGGCCGGCGCCUUCUCGCAGGUGUGGGCGCUGCAGAGGGUGCGUCUCAGCAACGUGGAGCGACUGGUGGUGCGGCGCCACGCAUUCCUCAACCUCUCGGCGCCGCACACACUGCUGGAAGUGCUCGACUGUGGCAGCGCCGUGGUGGAAACUCACGCCUUCCGAGCCGUCCGCGGGCCCCUCACUGCUGUCAUCUCCCGCUGCGCCCACGUCAUCGUGCAGAACUCUGCCUUCUCCUGGAUCCUCGCCGUCACAGUGAAGGACGUGCCGCGACUUGAGCUGUUCAAGCAAGCCUUCUCCUUCGAGACACCAAGCGCAGUUGGGCGCCAUGGGCCGGCCGCAACGGACUACGAUGAACAGCACCUUCUGCUCGUUCAGGUGCUGCUGCAGAACGUGAUGCUGGCAGAGCUGCCGCAGGGAGCGUUCCCUUCAUCAGCGGCAGAGGUACGCCUCGUGGACGCGGAAGUACGCACUAUUCGACGCGACGCCUUCUGUGCCAACACGCUGUUCUCCGUGGUCUUCCAGAAUACGUCUCUGCAUCGCGUGGAAGCAGGUGCCUUCAGCGACCAUACCCUCAUCCAGUACCUGGAAAUGUCCGGCGUGAGGAUACGUGUACUCGCAUCCCAUGCUGUGCAGGCAGCCAUAACCAACCUAACUAUUCAGCAUUCCAGGGUGUCCGAGGUGCUGGAAGGUGCUAUGAACAUAACAGUAGCCAAGGCAACCUUCAGUAACAACGUAUUCGAGAAGAUCAUGUCUCGAGGAUUUGUUCUGAAAUACUGGAACCGCAUCGUCAUGAUGGACAAUACUUUCCAGUGGUUAGAAGCAGAUGCAGUGAAUAUGCCAUUCGAGUCACUGCCAGGUGUAAGCACGUACGAGUUCAGUUUUGCGGGUAAUGAAGUGGGUAAGUUUAACCCUGGCGCUUUAAGGUUCGCAGUGGAGGCCAUAGAAGGAGGUGCUGGAAUAAAAGCAAAGCUGACAGACAACCGAUUCACGCAGAUCUGCCACUGCAACUUAAUAUCGUGGGUGCAGAAAAUGGUGACAACCGAAAAGGAAGCAGUGGACGAAAUUUUCAACACCAGUUCAUGCACGGUAGAUUCGGUACUGGCACGGUGUUUUAAUGUGCCUCAGGGUUUUCUGAACAUGAGGAACUAUACCGAACUGGUGUGUGGGUCAGGGGAUGUGAUAGUGUGUGAAGAGACGAAACAAGGCGAAAGUGCUGUGAGUGUGGUCAGUAGCGGUUCUACGGACGACAGUGAGGUGGAUCGCGAGAAGAAAAUGUUGGGCUUGAUAUUCAUAGUGGUGGUAUGUGCGAUGGUUGUUAUACUUGUGAUCACAGGAAUCCUCUGGUUGCGGCGACACGGGUACUGCCUGCAGGCACGGAUCAUGCUGCUGCCCACCACGACAAGUUUACUCACCAUGUUCUCCACCCUCUUCCAAGGUAUAGGGACUGGGGGGCUCGUGACGGCACGAUCUAUAUCUCGGCUGUCCAUGCACGAGUACACAGAGCUGCAACAGCAGCAACAGAAGCAAAGGCAAGGCCUGCUGCUUAUCACAGACGAUAAUAUCAGUGAAGAGGAAGUUGAACAAGUGCCAUAUGAAGACAAGUGGACUCAGACUCUGCCCGAAGAACUGACUCAAGAACUCCUCCAGUCACUGAGAGAGAAAUUGGACGAUCCAGAAAAUUACAGUGAGGCGCGAGAUAUGAUAGAGCAUUUGUAUGAUCUCAUCAAGGUAGAGGAAUGUUGCAACAAUAACAACAUGCCCUCCACGUCGCGUCCCAUCGAGGAGUAUGACGACGAAGACGAUGAUAAUUUAUACGACGUAAUUGAAGCGCCGUCCCCACCGCCGUCCAGGCUUCGCCCCAAGUCCAAAACGACUACGACAUGUAGUGUUGGUACAAGAGCACCAUCCCCAGACAAACUUCUGCCUUACGCCCAGGUGAGGAGGAACCGGCAACCGGCGGUCGUAUGUGAGUAUGUGGAGCCCCGAGAUCGCGAACAGCAUUUGUAUACAGAACUGCCCGGAGGAGGUGCCCCCUCAGCCACAACCUUGCCUGCCACGAGCUCUGGCACUAACAAAUCGCCAGCUAGACCUCUCAGCUUCUUGCGCGCCCUCGGUGAAAGUAUUUUGCCAAGGGUGUCGGCUACUGUAGGUGGUAAGGUCCAUCAACCAGUUUCCGUAUUGUGUGAAUACACAGAGCCAACAGAUGCUGCAGUCCAUGUCUACACAGAAGUGCCACCCACAAGUAGCAUCAGGUGCUCCAGCAAAAUGGCUAACCGUCCACUGCCUACCAAGCCUGAUCAGGAUAAGCAGAACGAUGAUCCUGGGGAGGGUACCUCUGCCUCCUAAUUUUGCUCAACUGUGAUACAUAUAAGACUUUAUUCUUUCCUUUGUAUUCAAAAGACGACAAGGAUGGAAUAUGAUAUUAUUGUGAUGAAUGCCUUGUGCUGUUCUGAAGUAUAUUAUAUUAUAUAUAUGUAUAUCUGCUAUGCAAAGUAAACGAUGCUCAUUUUAUAAUUUGCA